UUAUCAUAUAUAUUGACAAAAAUAUUUAAUGCAAGAAAAAGUAAAAGGUUCUUGUGUUCUGCUGAGAACUGAAGAAGAAAAAGCUAAAGACAGAGACAUCGGGCAGGGAGGGACGGGGAGUUUGUGUGUACUUAAAGGGGAAAAAAGAGAGGAAAAACUAGUUAUAGAUUUCUGUUUUGUUUUGGGUAGGAACACCCUUCCCUAUCCUUUCUCUUGGCCCAUCACCAUCAUCGUCCUAUUUUGUACAGCUUUUUGGUAUUACUAUCUUCCAUUCUUUAUCCGUUUCUCCGAUUCUUGUUCUGAUCCAGCGCCAUUGAACCUCUCUCUUUCUCUUGUUUUGCCAUCUGGGUUUUGUCUGAAAGGCUUAAAGAACACAUCUUUUAAUUGAAGUACUCAUAAAAAUCUUAGCUUUUUCUCUUUUUUUUUUGUGAUCUCUGUGUUGGGUGCUUUUUGUUUGGUACAUGAUGGCUGUAGACGACCAAAGGGGUGGUAAUUCAGUAAAUGAAAAAAAGUUUCCUGUUGGAAUGCGUAUUCUAGCUGUUGAUGAUGACCCAAUUUGCCUCAAAGUUUUGGAGAAUUUGCUUCGUAAAUGCCAGUAUGAGGUUACAACUACCAAUCAAGCAGUCACUGCUCUGGAAAUGUUGAGAGAAAACAGAAACAAGUAUGACUUGGUUAUCAGUGACGUUAACAUGCCAGACAUGGAUGGCUUUAAGCUCCUUGAACUCGUGGGGCUCGAAAUGGACCUACCUGUCAUAAUGUUAUCAUCUCAUGGUGAUAAAGAGUUUGUGUACAAGGGCGUUACACAUGGUGCUGUUGACUAUUUGCUGAAACCUGUUCGAAUGGAGGAGCUCAAAAACAUAUGGCAACAUGUAAUCAGGAGAAAGAAAUGGUAUCCCGAGGACCAAAACAGGCCCCCAAAUCAAGACAAGGGUGAUGACGGAGCUGGAGAAGGGGAACAAGGAGUGACAUCAACUGGUAGUGCAGAUCAAAAUGAAAAACUAAAUAGGAAACGUAAGGACCAAGACGAAGAGGAUGAAGAAGAGGGUGAAGAUGGAAAUGAUAAUGAGGUAUCUGGGAAUCAGAAGAAGCCUCGAGUUGUCUGGUCUGUUGAUUUGCAUCAGAAGUUUGUUGCCGCUGUUAAUCAAAUGGGUCUUGACAAGGCUGUUCCAAAGAAAAUACUUGACCUGAUGAAUGUUGAUGGGCUUACAAGGGAAAACGUGGCAAGUCACUUGCAGAAAUUUAGGCUUUACCUGAAAAGACUAAGUGGUGGAGGAAACCAGCAAGGCAACAUGGUUUCUGCAUUUGGUGCUAAAGACUCAUCUUACUUGCGAAUGAGUUCAGUUGAUGGAUUUGGAGAUUUUCGCUCUAUGCACGGACCAGGAAGGCUUUCAACCGCUUCUCUUUCAUCAUAUCCAUCUGGGACUUUUCUUGGUAGAUUGAACUCUCCUAGGGGUUUAACCUUACAGGGAAUAGCUUCUUCUGGGCUGCUCCAGCCAGGUCUCUUACCAACAAACCAGGGUACAAAUUUAUUUCAAGGGAUUUCAUCAGCACUGGAGCCCAAGCAACUACAAAUGAAGUCCAUUAACCAUAUUGGAGAGUUUAAUCACAAAGGUGAUACAGCAGGUUUUACACUUGCAAGUUGCUUCCCGGAUGUCAAAGUGACUAUUGGUAGCUUGAGCAACACCAGUGCCACAAGCGGCCCUCCGAUAUUACAAGUGAACCCACAACAAAAUCAGAGUAGAGGAUCAUUGGCGACUCAAUCUUCUCUAAGCAUGCCUUCAUUGAAUCAGGAGUCUUUUGAUGUUGGUGUCCAGGGCUCUUCAAAUUUUCUGGAUCAUAGAUGUGAUGAUAACUGGCAGGGUGCAGUUCAGUUGUCCACUUUUCCUUCUUUGCCAAUUGGUGAACCUUUCCGGCAUGAUCGAUUACCUUCCAGUACCUUGAGAGGCAAUAUAUCUUCCACUACCUCUCACAUUGUUAAUAGCCCCAUCGAUUUUUGCUCGACGGGUUCUCUCACAGCACCUUUAGAAGAUUCCAGAGUAGACAUGCAAGGACAAACAGACUUUAUUGGUAAUAUUUUUCAGAAUUCAACAAAUUACAUUUCAAAGAACAGAUGGGAAGAAAAUAGCCAAAACUAUAAUCUUGGUCGUAAUGGUUCAUUCGGUGCCAUGAAUUCCCUGGUUUCUGGCAAUGGUUCCAUUGGUGCAUUGAACCAGAGUAUGGACCAAAGGAAAAGGUUUGGCGCAUCUAUGAUUGGUCAAUCAAACAGUGGGACUCUGUCCAUGUUUCAGCAUCCUGAUGUUGAGAAUUUUGCUUUGGACCCAAAAAUGAGGUCUAACGAGGAUGUUAUCUUGGAGCAAGCGAAGUCCCAGAAUGGUUUUGUUCAAAAUAAUUAUGAGUCUAUGGAUGAUAUAAUGAAUGCAAUGAUCAAGCAGGAUCAAAAUGAUGGUUCCUUAAUGGAUGGAGAAUUCAGGUUUGGAUCUUUCUCACCUGGAUCAUGCAUGUGAGUCUUCGAAAGGAGAAGAGUAUCUGAGUUCUCACUCCUCUCAUGGAAAAAAUUGUAUCUUGUAAUUGAUUACUCCUUUUCUUUUUAGUUUUUUCCCUUCUCGUUUUUCCCAAUGUAAUCCCAUCUUCCUCUUUCUAUUCUUAUUCUCCGUUAUCAGAGUUAAUUACCGGUUAACAUUUAUAGCCUGAUCCUUGUUUUUUGAUCUCUCUCUUCUCAAUUCUUAUUGAUAAAUUAUUCGUACAUAUUAAAUUCA